GAGAGAGAGAGAGAGAGAGGGAGAUGGACGGGAGAGCGAAGGGUUCACUGCCGUUUGUGGGGAUGAUCAUGGUGGUUCUGGCUCAAGCGAGCAACAUGGUGGUGACGAAAAUGGCCAUGUCCGAUGGGACGAACAAGUACACCUUGGCCUUCUACUGUAAUGCCCUCUCCUCUCUCGUCCUCCUUCCUAGUCCCUUCAUUAUCUCUCGCAGGUCAGGGUCGUGUACUCCUCUCACUUUCUCUGUCCUACGCAAGAUCUUCUUGCUCUCUCUAAUUGGAUUCGCAUCCCAGAUGUGCGAGUAUGUCGGCAUGGAUUACAGCUCCCCUCUUCUGGGCAUGGCCAUGAUGAACCUCAUCCCAGCUUUCACUUUCAUUCUCGCCAUUAUUUUAAGGAUGGAGAAAGUGAAUUGGAAAAGCACAAGCAGCCAAGCUAAGCUCGUGGGAACCAUCGCAUCAAUUCUUGGUGCAUUCGUAGUCACUCUCUACAAGGGUCCACCGAUUCUCCGUUCGCCUUCGCUUCCUUCUUCUGUCCAACCUCGUCACCUUCUUUUUCUUCUCUCGCAACAAUCAAAUUGGAUCCUUGGCGGGUUUCUCCUCGUAGCCGAAGCUUUCUUGAUAUCAUUAUGGUACAUUGGACAGGCAUUUGUCCUUAAAGAUUAUCCCGUGGUGCUAAACUUAAUGUUCUAUUCAGUGUUCUUUUCGACUAUUCUUUCUGGGCUAUUGUCCUUCAUUGCGGUGAGAGAAUCACAAUCAUGGAUUCUGAAGGUUGAUAUAGGUCUGAUCGCUAUUCUGUACUCGGCUCUGGUUGCUGGCGUCUUGAGAGCCACAUUGUGUAUAUGGUGCCUGAAGAAAAUUGGACCUGUUUAUAUCUCCAUGUUCAAGCCCUUGGGAAUUGUUUUUGCUGUCGGAUUGGGGUUCAUAUUUUUAGGGGAGAUGUUACACCUUGGAAGCUUAAUUGGAGCGAUUGUGAUUGUGAUGGGAUUCUACGCGGCAGUGUGGGGCAAGUCCAAAGAGGAAGAUAAGACGUUCGAGAGCAGCCGGGUUGGGGGAAGCCUGGCGUCCGCCGGCGACAAGACUCCUUUGCUCCAAGACAAAGUUUCGAGCGUGUAG